AAAACUCCAGACCUUGCAGUUCUCACGACUCGGAACACGCGCUGUCGGCGCGUCAACUCGCUCUUCACCGUAAUUCCCCCCUUCGCCACCAAAACGUUGUAUAAAUUCAACCAUUAAAGGAGAAAUAAAUUUCUUGCAGUUCACUUCUCUGUGUAGAGAAUCCAGGGGUUGAAUCGCAUGAAAGCUCCUCUUCGUAGCAAAAUUCGAGCGAAGUUCUUCUGUAAUUGUAAGUUGGUGAAUUAGUUUCUGGUCUCUGUUCUCUGGUUUUUGUUAGUUUGCUUUGAAUUGUUUACACGUUCGAGCGAUAGACGAGAGUAUUUUGUAUUGGAUGGACAGAUUGUAGUUUCUUGAUUGAAAUUUGAGUUUUCUUUGGGGAUUGAGAUGGAGAGGAUUGGGUUUUGUGGAUAUUCUGUUUUGAGGGUUUCCUGUAGAGGAAGUUGCUGAUAGGUUCAGAUUUGGGGAUUCUUUGUUUGAGGUUGUGAGUUAGUAGAGAAUAACUGAGGGUUGGAAUAGAUUCUUAGCGUUGGUUUGGGUUUAAGGUGUUUUGAUUGAUGUUCUCAAAUUAAACAAUUUGUUUUCAUGGUUAAUACAACGUAUUUGGACUGAAAUCAAGGUCUCCUAAACCAGCUAUAAGGUUUUGUUUAUAAGGAAGAGAGAUGCAGAGAGUUCGAUUAUCGGCACAACAUACACCUGUUCACAAGUUAGGGGAUUCGCAGAUGACGCUGUCCCCGAAGUUUAGGUUAGCUGUGGUUCAAUCUUCAAUGUUAGAUCCACCUUCAGAGUUAGAUUUGUCUUUCAGAGGGGAACCGUUUAUACCUGGUCUUCCCGAUGAUGUUGCGUUAAAUUGUCUGCUUAGGUUACCGGUUGAGAGCCACGCAACCUAUAGAGCUGUAUGCAAGCGAUGGCAUCAGUUGCUUGGUAAUAAAGAGAGGUUUUUCACCCGAAGGAAACAACUCGGGUUUAAAGACCCUUGGCUCUUUGUCUUUGCAUUUCACAAAUGUACUGGAAAGAUUCAGUGGCAGGUUCUUGACCUUACUCAUUUCACUUGGCACACAAUCCCUGCAAUGCCUUGCAAGGACAAGGUUUGUCCCCAUGGAUUUAGGUGCAUUUCAAUUCCUCUAGAGGGUACUCUUUUUGUUUGUGGAGGUAUGGUAUCUGAUGUGGAUUGCCCUCUUGACUUGGUCUUGAAGUAUGAGGUGCAGAAAAACCGUUGGACUGUGAUGAAUCAGAUGAUUACAGCAAGGUCAUUUUUUGCUAGUGGAGUGAUUGAUGGGGUGAUAUAUGUAGCUGGGGGAAAUAGUGCUGAUCUUAUUGAGCUUGACUCAGCAGAAGUUUUGGAUCCUAAAAAGGGGAGCUGGCGGCGGAUAGCGAGCAUGGGUACGAAUAUGGCAUCUUAUGAUGCUGCUGUUCUCAAUGGGAAGCUUCUUGUGACAGAUGUUGGUUGUGGCAUUCUUUGUCUCUCCCGUGGUCAGUUAUGAUCCAU